ACAGAAGCAUUAAAAUGCGUGGCUCAGGCUAGCAAGAACAGAUCGCUGGCAGAUUUUGAAAAGGCCCUAACAGACUAUCGGGCAGAGCUCCGUGAUGACCCAAUCAUCAGCACACACUUGGCUAAGUUGUAUGAUAACUUACUGGAACAGAAUCUGAUUCGAGUCAUUGAACCUUUUUCCCGAGUACAGAUUGAACACAUAUCUAGCCUCAUCAAACUCUCCAAGGCCGACGUAGAAAGAAAAUUAUCACAGAUGAUUCUUGACAAGAAGUUUCAUGGGAUUUUGGACCAGGGGGAGGGUGUCCUGAUCAUUUUCGAUGAACCCCCAGUAGAUAAAACUUAUGAAGCUGCUCUGGAAACAAUUCAGAACAUGAGUAAAGUAGUGGACUCCCUCUACAACAAAGCCAAGAAACUGACAUAGAGUUGGAUCUGUAGCAGUCCUUUGGAGUGUGUGUGGCGGGAGAGUGAAACCUUGGGGGAAAUGCUAGGAGAUUCUUUUUUUUUGUUGUUGUUCUACUUUUCGCUGGGAAAGUUUUUAAAUCCUCAUUUGGUGCAUCUGUAUUCCAGCCAAUAGAUGUGCCAGUUUUCAUGUAAUCUUUACUGGCCCAACUUGGGAGUGGGAAAAUUGCUUAAAAAAAAAGAAAAAGAAAAAAAAAAAGAUUAUUCUAAAUAAAAGGAAAAAGGCUUACACUA